GUAAGAAAUUCCCAUCACGCAGGCCAAAUUUUUUAGAUGGACUACACUUGGAUAGAUAUAAUGAGGAAUUACGUCUUGCCUUCGAAUACCAGGGUCCUCAACACUAUCACCACAAUAGCUUCUACCACUGGGAGAAUGAAAAUCUAAAAUCACAAAAUAUGCGUGAUCAGAAGAAGCGGGAUAUAUGCAAGGAUCAAGGUAUAUGUCUUAUCGAAGUUCCAUAUACAUGCGACCUCCUAUCCUACAUCAGACAUACUCUAAUCGAGAAAGGGUUCUUGAGUAAUUCUCCAAGUUAG